AUGACAGCCUCCGAGAAGGAAGCAUCCACAUCAACUGGGCCAGAUCCAAAGUCUUUUCCUGAUGGUGGUGUGGAAGCAUGGCUCGUCGUCGCAGGCGGCUUUUGCACCGUCUUUGCCAGCUUUGGUUGGAUCAAUUGUGUGGGCAUUUUUCAAGACUACUACGAGUCAAAUCUACUCGCAAACUACUCGUCGAGCGAUGUCGCUUGGAUACCAUCCACAGAAUCGUUUAUGAUGUUCUUUUGGGGGCCAGUGGUGGGCAAAGUGACGGAUCAUUUUGGUCCGCGGGUUCCCAUUGUCAUCGGGUCGUUUUUGCAUAUAUUCGGCUUGAUGAUGACCUCAAUAUCGAAGGAGUAUUACCAGGUCUUUCUCUCCCAGUCGGUUGUCAGUGCCAUUGGUUGUAGCUUCCUCUUUUAUCCUUCUAUGACAGCCUGCUCCACAUGGUUUCUAAGACAUCGUGCCCUCGCUAUAGGCAUCAUGGCGUCUGGCUCGAGCAUCGGAGGUGUCGUACUCCCGAUCAUGGUCCACCGUCUCGUGGAUGACCUUGGCUUUGGAUGGACGAUGCGAGCUGUUGCAUUUCUACUCCUGGGCAUGGUCAUCAUUGGUAUUCUGACGGUCAAGUCGCGGCUCCCGCCAUUGAAGCAGCCGCUCAUUCUCAAGGAAUUCAUCACACCUUACGCAGAGCCGACUUUCAUGCUACUGGCAGUCGGCGCCUGGUUUAUCUAUAUCGGCGGUUUCAUCCCCUUUACGUUCAUCAUCGUUCAGGCUAGAGCCCAAGGCAUGUCAGCGAGCCUCGCGGGCUACUUAGUCUCGAUCCUCAACGCAGCCGGGACUUUCGGACGGAUCAUCCCAGCACACUUCGGAGACAUUUUCGGUGUCUUCAACAUCAUGAUACUACUCACCGGCUUGGGCGCAGUCGUAAGCUUAGCCUUCUGGUUGCCAAGCACCACGAUGGCUUCGGGACACACAAAUGCCUUGAUCAUCGUGUUCACGAUCUUCUACGGAUUCGCCUCAGGAUGCAUAUUUUCAAUCAUUCCCGCCUUGAUAGCGAAGAUCUCUCCAGAUAUUCGGAAGCUUGGUGUACGUACCGGCAGCUUGUACGCUGUUUCCGCGACUGGUGUCCUAGUUGGAAGCCCCAUUGCAGGCGUCAUUGCCUCCGGGAAAGGGAAUGGAUUUCUUGGAUUGACAUUGUUCUCGGGCAUUCUGCUGAUGGUUGGGACAUUCUUCGUCGGAUUCUCGAGGCUUAGGCUAACGGGAGUGAAACUCAUGGUGAAAGCAUGA